CCCAUGGAGAAUGGUACAGAGGUGACAGAGUUCAUCCUUUUGGGUCUAACCAAUGCCCCAGAACUGCAGAUGCCCCUCUUUAUCUUCUUCACACUCAUUUACCUCAUCAACGUAUGUGGGAAUCUGGGGAUGAUUGUAUUGAUUUUCUCAGACUCUCGACUCCACACUCCCAUGUACUUUCUCCUAAGUAAUCUCUCUCUGGUGGACUUUGGUUACUCCUCAGCUGUCACUCCCAAGGUCAUAUCUGGGUUCCUCAUAGGAGAUAAAGUCAUCUCCUACAAUGCAUGUGCUGCUCAGAUGUUCUUUUUUGUAGCGUUUGUCACAGUGGAAAAUUUCCUCUUGGCUUCAAUGGCCUAUGACCGCUAUGCAGCAGUGUGUAAACCCCUGCAUUACACCACCAUCAUGACAACAAGUGUGUGUGUACAAUUGGUGAUAGGUUCCUUUGUCUGUGGAUUCCUUAAUGCCUCCUUUCACGUUGGAGAUAUAUUCAGUCUCUCUUUCUGUAGGUCCAAUAUGGUUCAACACUUUUUCUGUGAUGUUCCAGCAAUCACGGCUCUCUCUUUCUCUAAUAAACAGAUUAGUGAGAUGUUUCUGGUUUUUAUGUCAAGUUUCAAUGUAUUUUUUGCUCUUCUGGUUAUCCUGAUUUCCUACCUGUUCAUAUUUAUCACCGUUCUGAAGAUGCACUCAGCUGAUGGAUACCGGAAGGCUUUAUCCACUUGUGCUUCUCACCUCACUGCAGUCUCCAUCUUCUAUGGAACAGUCAUCUUCAUGUAUGUACAGCCCAGCUCCAGUCACUCCAUGGACACAGACAAAAUAGCAUCUGUGUUCUAUGCUAUCGUCAUCCCCAUGCUGAACCCUUUCGUCUACAGUCUGAGGAACAAAGAGGUAAAGAGCGCAUUCAAGAAGGUUGUAGAGAAGGCAAAAUUAUCUCUAGGAUUGGGAUUUUAA